AGGAGACGCAGACGGUGAGGCCAUAAACGUCGCUCCCAGCGGGACAAGCGGUGGGUAGCUGGGGAAGGCGGCAGAUGAGAGAGUGUUGGUCCUUGCUUUUUAGGACGCACGCAGCAACUCGACACUUUCGACAGUGAAUAAAAGUGAAGGAAGCGGAUCUUGAUGGGCGAUGUGAUGUACGUAAAUUAAGGUGGUAGACAUCAAUCAGAUGGUGGAUGUGAAACGACACAAGUUGAAGCAGUUGAAAAGGUAGUAGACCAUGGUGGCGAGCAACAAGACUGCGGCUAGUACUUCGAGGGCUGUGAAGCCCCAUAUCCUGGGCGGUAGCAACAACCUCGUGGCGGAACGUCAUCGACGUGAAAAGGCGGAGGAAGCGCUGCAGAUGACGCGGCAGAAUUUGCGCACAGUGGCGCAGGACUUGACGCUGCAGGUGCAAAAGCUCGCGCAGGCAGUGGAGGCGCUGCAGGUGGAGAAGCGGCAUCGAUUGCAGCUGGAUGAGGCGUCGCAGGAGCUGCUGGAGACGCUGCAGGAGCAGAUCAAUGAGGUGGACAAGCGACAAGAACAGUGCUGCGUUGUAGAUUGCCGCAUCGAAAAUGCUGUCAAGCUGUUGGAUGAACAGUCCACGGCAGAUCGAUUUGAGCUGCGAGAGUUGGUCAGCCGAUUGCACGAAGUGCAGCACGAACAGGCGACGGAGAUUCGACUGCUGCAUCAAGAGCUCGUCGCGUCGAAGGAUUUCAUCACCCAGGGGUUGAACGCCAUUGAAGACGCAGUGACCAGCGUCCGAAGCGAAAUCGCCCGAGGCAGCGAGCAGAUCCACGCGACUAUGCAAAGCCACGCCGGGAAGAUUGAUGAACUGGACGAGAAGCUAUUCGCACUGGACAAGGAGCUACUCAAAUUGAAAUUGGCGCUGCCAGUGUCCGUGAAAGCACAGAUCCCUGUCCUGUUCACAGACCAGCGAUCGGGUACCGGGGCAACAGGCCGGAUGGAUGCGAUACAGAAUGGCGACUUGGCCGUCACUUUUAGGCUCCAGGAACUAGCGACGGAUCUCGAGACGGUGUAUGUGCUGCUAACAUAA